AUUUGAGGUUAGCGAAGCAUCAGAGGACGCUCUAGGCGUACCGAAGAUCGAAAUCGUCUAGAGUUCGAUCGAUCGAUAUCAUAAAAGGGUCGAGAAAAUCCGUUCACUUAUCUCGCUCCUCGGUUCUCGUAGUUCUCGUUCGAAUAAAAUGCGAUUGUCGCAAGGCGUGUGAAAAUUGACGCGGAACAACGGAAGAAAAGUCCCUAGAUUACGCGCGCAAUUUUCAUGAAUUUGUCUUUCGUCUCUCGCCUCGCCGCGCCGUCAACUUCCGCCCCACAAUCAAGCGUUUCGCGCAACAGUGAUCCGUGAUCGAUCUCUGCUUUUCCGCGAGGUCCGGGGUCAGUAGGUCAAAUCGGGACCAUAACGCGCGCGGUUCCGCCAUUCGAAAAUUUUUCUUUGGUUCACCUCCUCGCAUUCAAACGACACACGCGUAGAAAACAAAAAUGUGGCGCGACGGUCGUCUAUACGGUCUAUAAUUCCGUUUGUUUUCUGUUCCUGAACUCUCUAAAUAAGUGUACACUUAAAAUGAAAUAAAUAGAUGUUUCAAAGUUAGCGAAAGCAAGAAGGAACGUUCCAGUGCAGUCUAGUGCAGGAACAGAAAACAAGCCUCUUGUUUCCUCGAUCACGUGACCGUUGUGAUCACGUGGCAAGAAAGUGGGGCGGAAUGACCGAAUGACGGCGCGCAACGACGCCGAUGCGACGCGCGACGGCGCGCGAAGAAAUCUUUAGAGGAACAGCUGAUUCGAAAUAGAAAGAUUGAAUCGUGAUAGUUCGAGCGCGAUCUCUCGCGAGAUCUGUUCGUUUCAGGCGAGAGUUCUUCCGCGAUUCCUUCCCCAUCCUCGAUUAACGUUUAUUUCGUUAUUGCAUCCGUGGAAGAUACAAAAGGGGACAAUGCCGAGACGGUACGAUCUCCAUCAACUGUACCUCGUGCGUAUCGCGCUGAUCGCGCUUCUCUUCCUUUCCGACACGCGACGCGUAUACACCUUUCUUCGUUCGGGUGCAAAAGGUGCAGUCGAGGUGCAAUGUAACUUGGUGCCUCUCUCGCUUGUGUGUGCCGUGACACUGCCGUGUGAACGGACUGUAACGUUCUCUGGCGCGCGCGGACUGCGGAGCGGUGCCCAGCGGUGCCGUGGUGUGCCGUGGUGUGCCGUGGAGUGUGUGAGAGAGCGCGGACUGCGCGGAGAGCGAGAGGUGGGAUUCAUUACAAAAUAAGACCCGCGCGCUUGACGAAGAGACGUUAAAGAUGGAAGCGAUGGACACGACCACGAACUCGCAUCCACGGAGAAUGCACAAUAGUUACGAGGACGAAGAGGAGCGGAAGCACUUCCAGAGGAUCGUUUCCGCGUUCAGAUAUUACAAUCUGCCGCAACAUCAUCAGAAACUUUUGUCCAAAUACGGACAACAUUUGCAAGAGGUCAAACGAUGUAUUGGAAACAACGACGAGAUCAUAAAGCUCAUAAUAAAAGAUGUAGCUCAUAUAUUUGAAAAUGUCUGUCCAACUACUGCACAAGUUGACAAUACGCUAAAUUUAAGGCCUGUAAUGUCAGAUCAAGAGAAGGUGCAAGCUACCAUUAAGCAGUUGGUACGAGACUGGAGUGUGGAAGGUGCUGAAGAGCGAAAAGCGUGCUAUCAGCCAAUCGUAGAUGAAAUAUUAUGUCAAUUUCCAUCGGAGCAUUGUACGCCAUCGGACGUGCAUAUUUUAGUACCUGGUGCGGGAUUGGGUCGUCUUGCCUUUGAAAUCGCGAAACGAGGAUAUACCUGCCAAGGGAAUGAAUUUUCCCUGUUUAUGUUGUUUGCAUCAAACUUUGUAUUAAAUAAAUGUAGAGAUAUAAACUCACAUCAAGUACAUCCGUGGGUGCAUCAAUAUAUGAACAAUUUGAAACCCGAGCAUCAGACGCAAGCAGUUUCCUUUCCCGACGUGAGUCCGAGCGAUCUUCCAGGAACCGCGCAAUUUUCUAUGACAGCGGGUGACUUUUUAGAGGUUUAUACGGAAAGUAAUCAUUGGGAUUGUGUCGCGACAUGCUUCUUCAUAGACUGUGCCAAUAACGUUGUACAAUUUAUUGAGACAAUCUAUAAAAUCUUGAAACCAGGUGGAGUUUGGAUAAACCUCGGACCACUGCUCUAUCAUUUCAGUGAUUUACCAAAUGAAGAAUCAAUCGAGCCAAGUUACGAUGCUAUCCGCGACGUUAUUUUGGGCUUUGGCUUUCAAUUGGAGAAAGAGCAGACAAAAGUGAAAACGCGUUAUGCCCAGAACAUUAACAGUAUGUUACAGUGCGAAUAUAAUAGCGUGUACUUUGUUUGUCGAAAACCCAAUGGACACGUAGAUGGACAUGUAAAUCAUAAUCAGAAUGGGGAUGAAACUAAUAGUGCGGAGGAACAAGAGAACUGAAUAAAGCGUGGCGCAUUUUCUUUGUGAAACAGUGUUAAACGCUGAAAAAUUUGCACUGGAGUGCACCUGUGUUUCACGAACUAUUGUAAUAGUUCAGUGAUUGUGUAAUAUUCACGACUUAAAUUUUUUUUCUUUUUUUUUUUAUAUCUUUACCUGUCUCGAUCUGUUUAAGACCUCAUUUCAUACGAGCGAGUUUUCAGUACUAUGAGAGAUUGUAGCAUUGAUCUGCAUAACUUCAAUGUCUUGAAUAGACACAUUUAUUUUGUUAAAAUGAUCAGUGUACCAUAACUCGACGAUAUUUAAUCUAGUUGCAUUUUCUGUUCAUUGGAUCAUGAGCUAUUUAGUUAAAAUAAGAAGAUCAAACAUAUUUGACAGAGGUUUAUAAAUAUUUACAAACCAGUGAUUUUCAUUACUGUAUGAUUAUGACAAAUGACGUUAUUGCGUACUAAUAUAAUUAUAUAAACAUACCUAUAUAGUUAUGUUAAAAUUAAAAAAAAGAUGCAAAUUCACCUUUAUCAUAUAUUGUUAUUGAGAUAUUGUACAAAUAACGUGGCAAUUUGAUUAACUUCAUUUUGUUGCAUUUUACUAAAAGUUAGAAACUGUCUCCGUAACAUCGCAAGUUUCGACGGUGUGGUUACACGUUCUAAAUUCACGCUAGAACCUGGUAUCUUUAUAUCGCAGUUUGUUCCCAAUUGUUGCAUCGACAGUAUCGCCUUUGAUAUGAAAGAAAAAUAUUUCUUAUUAGUGUUCACAUUGUAUAGGCCAUCUGUAUCGUGUACAGCUUUACAGAUUGUUUUGUAUAUUGUACAGUAAAAGAAACUUUUAAAAACAAAGAA